AUGAUGUCUCAACAAAUCUAUUGGGAUGAACACAAGGAUGUGACGCUGGACGCCAAGCCGCGCGAUGUGCUCAUACGUGACAUCCCACAAAAAUGGCUGGCACGCAUUUGCGAUUACAUGGUGGAGAAUUCCUUUCGGCUCAAUCGCCUCUACACGCAACUAAAAAUUCACGACAUACCCAAUGUGGAAGAAUACUAUCGUCGCUACGUGAAGCAUGUGUUGCACGACGAAUGCAGCAUUAUGGUGAUCGACGAAGAGACCAGUGAAAUAUUCGGCGUCGCACUUGUCAAGUUGAUGACCAAGGAGUGGCGUUCGUGGACAAUUUGGCUGCAAAUUAUCGACCAAUCCACACUGUACGGUGAGUUUAUGCUGCUGCGUCGCAUGCAAGUGCUCAAUUUCGAGAAAGAACAUCCGGAGCAUGAGUACGAUAGCCUGCACCUCUUCGAGUAUUAUCUGCGGCCGGAACUGAAGGCGAAUGUUGACUUCAUGACCAAAUUCUUCAACGUCAUCUGUGAAGUGGCCCGCCACAUGUUGAUGCCACGCGUCAGCCUCGUCGGCACAAUGCUGGAGGAACAGCAGCAAGCGGAAACAGCCGGUUUUCAACCGCUCUCUCAACUCAUCUACUCGCUGGUGGAGGUUCAAGGUUUGCGCGCAUUUCAGACACUACGCGACAUCAACGAAAUGUAUAUGGUGUUGUACGAGCGGUCAGUCGAGCCUCUUAUGCCCUUCUAUUGCUUGCCACCACCGUAUGCGUUCGACGAGGAGGAUCGCCGGAAGCACGAACCGUACACAGUGUUGGAUCAGGGAGUGGAUGCGCUGGAUACUGAUAGCAAGCGUUCGUUAUCGCGGAUAAUGAUAAAGUAG